AUGACCACCUUAUACACCUCAUCCACCUCAUCCACCCGCCGACAUACCUGGAUCGCUUUCUCCAGGGCUUUUACUUCAUUCUCGUCUUUCUCUUCAUUCUCAUCACAGCGGAGGUGGCUGCACACUCACACAGACGACGAUAGCGGCUUGAGUAGUCCUGUUGGUGUUCCAUAUGGUGCACGUCUACCCAGGCGUAGUAGACGUGUGGCUGUCAGUAGCAGCGGUGAUACCAACACAAACACACAGGCACACGCCUACAUCGAAAAACCCAGCACACCCACUACACACAGCUCUCACCGUCCUCCCCUCCUGUUCACCAUACGCGACCAGCUAGCCUAUGGAACUGAGCUGAAUGAGCUUAAUGAGCUGAAUGAGAGGGGCAAUACCAGUACCACUAAUACACCAACCAAAUCACGCAAACAACGUCAAGCGAUGAAGAGAGCGCUUCUCGAGGCUGGCGAGCAUGUAAACCCGUUAAAGCAGCCACAGUCACGGCAGUUAGCACAAGACACUCACACCCCGAACUCCCCUCAAUACCCAUACCAAAAUCUACACCCACGCUCCUACCAGCAAGUCUCACUCGCUUUACAGCGCCACUCACGAAGACAAGUCAGAGAAGCACUCUCGGCCUUCCCACCCCAAACGCUCUUUCACGACAGCACACUCGCUAGCAUUCUCACAGUCGGACUUGUGCAGACGCGCGAUGUUAAGGGGGCUGCUUGGUACCUCGAGCAACUAGGCGAGGGAGUGCAGCUGAGUGAGGCUGCUUUUGUUGCUUUGCUCGAUGGUGUGCCAGCGGAGAGAAUGGGGAGAAGGAGCGAGAGCGGGAGCGCGUCUACUAAACAACUCCGCGAUCAGGGUAGAGCUCGCCGUAGCAGCAGCUUCCCACCACCUUACUGCUCAUUAGUGGCGCAGUAUCAGUGGAGACGUCUCGCGACACUGAUCGAUGGCGUUAAACCUCCACAGCAGGCUCUCGUUAAUGUUCUUCCCCUCCUCGCUUUGCAGAGAGGGUUGUAUGUGUGGGGGAACGGGAGUGCAACUGGUUAUGAUAACACUCAAACACACACUCGCACUCAAACCAACCCCCAUACUGCCCUUGCUGUUCUCCGAUGGCUCCUGCGCACUGGAUACGACGACAGCGCGGCGCUGUUUGUGGAGGAGGUCUUGAGUGGCUGGGAGGGAAGCGAGCACACCAAACACACACCGCAAAUCACCUCAUUCGCAUUACACUCUCUCAACCUCUUGCUCAAAUCACUCUCUCACUCCCAUGGUGACCCUGCUGGUCCCAAGUUCCAAGAAAGAUAUAAACCAUACAAAUACUACAAAGACGCGUCGCCAGCCUCGCUGCAGAGCUGCAAACAGGUGGUUGAUUUCUUCUGUAGGAGAGUUCCCUCGCUGAGGUUGAACGGGAUGACACAUGCGAUUGUUGAGGGCGUUAGAAGGGGUGAGAAGGAUAUCGAGAGCAACAUGAAGAAAUAA